GUAAACAGAGCUCGGGACUGCAGCAUGCUUUCCCUGGGACGCCAGCUGCCCGAGCUCCACAGGGGGACACACACGCUCCCUUGCAAUGGCCAUGCCGCCCUCCGCGCCCUCUCUGCUCUCCUCUCCCUCCUCUUCAUCACCCAGUCAACUGCCUGGCCCCACGACUACAGAUUAUGGUACGACAACUGUCCUGGUGCGGAGUGGAACAUCAUGUGCCGGGGCUGCUGUGAGUACGACCAGAUCCGCUGUAAGUGCCCUGCCCAGGGCACUUUGGUUGGUUACGCUGUGCCCUGCUGCCGCAAUGCCAUCAACGAAUGUGACCCAUGCAUCAUCCACCCAGGCUGUAGCAUCUUUGAGAAUUGUAAACGCUGUAACAACGGCACAUGGGGGGCAAAAGAUGACUUCUUCAUUAAAGGGAAAUACUGCACAGAGUGCCGGCCAGGCUGGACAGGGGGCGACUGUAUGAAGUGUGGAGGAGUUAUCCGCAAACCUCAGGGUCAUGUGGUCUUAGAAAGCUACCCCACCAAUGCACGCUGUGAGUGGACCAUUCAAGUGGACCGUGAAUUCACUGUAGAGCUAAGGUUCAUGAUGCUGAGCCUGGAGUUCGACCACAACUGCCGCUAUGACUAUGUGGAGGUGCGCGAUGGUGACAGCUUGGGUUCACGUGUCAUUGGCCGUUUCUGUGGGAAUGAGAGGCCAGCUCCAAUCCGGAGCUCUGGUAGCUCCCUCCACAUCCUCUUUGUCUCCGAUGGUUACAAGAACUUUGACGGCUUCUUCGCCAUAUUCCAGGAGAGCUCAGCGUGCAGCUCCUCCCCCUGCCUUAAUGAUGGCACCUGCAUCCUGGACUCUGCCCAGUCGUACCGGUGUGCCUGCCUGGCUGGCUACACAGGCAGGCGAUGUGAGAACGUGGUGAUGUGUAGGACCCCUCUGGUGCCGGCCCAUGGAGCCGCGGAGGGUGGCGACCUGCACUUUGGGGGCCGCGUCACCUUUCAUUGCGACCCCGGGUUCGCGCUGCAGGGCGUCCGCACCGCCACCUGCCGCCUGGACGGCACCUGGAGUGCCCCUCCCCCGCAUUGCGUGCCCAAGGAGCGCACCUGUGGCAUCCCAGAGAAGCCAGCACAUGGAGAUCACUUCUUGGUGUAUGGACCAGGGGAUGUUCUGAUUGCAGUGCAGUACCUGUGCUAUCGGCCCUACACACUGAGCGGGAACUCACAGAGGACCUGUCUGCUGAACAGUACCUGGAGUGGAACAGCGCCCUCUUGUGUCAAAGUGCAAGAUACGGACACUGGACAUGACAAAGAUAAAGGGCAAGACAAGGAUACAGGAAAAGGCGUAAAUACAGUUGAAACUAAAGAUAAAGAAAGAAGCAAAGACACCACUGGAGGUAAAGAUACAGGAAAAAGCACAGAUACAGUUGGAAGUAAAGAUUUGGGGAAAGGCAUAAAUACAGUUGAAACCAAAGAAAAAGAAAGGGUAAAGGACAUAGCUGGAAGUAAAGAUACAGAUAUACUUGAAGGCAAAGAUACAGUAAAAAGCACCUAUACAGUUGGAAGUAAUGAUACAGGGAAAGGUACUGAUGCAGUUGAAGAUAAUGGUACAAGAAAAAGUACAGAUACAGCUGGGAGUACAGAUACAGGAAAAAGCCCAGAUACAGUUGGGAGUACAGACACAGGAAAAAACCCAGAUACAGUUGGGAGUAAAGACAUAGGUAAAAGCCAAGACAUGACUGUAAGUAAAGAUACGGGAAGGACCACGGAGACCCUAGGAGGUAAAAAUACUGGGUCAAGAUUAGAAACUGAAGACACAGAACGAAGAAUGGAAACAGCCGAAGGCACAGAUACUGGAGGGAAAUCAGAUACAGGAAGAGAUAAAGGAAGAGGACAAGAGACAGAGACGGACAACCAAAGCAUCAGUGAAGUGGAAAAAAGUCGUUGCCCACCUCUACCCAAGCUGUAUAACGGGUUCCACCAGCUGGUUCUGGGCACUGAUGAGCACCCUGACACUGUGGAGUUCUUUUGCAACAACUCAUAUGCCCUGAGUGGCAACGCGUUGAGGACCUGCCAGCCCAAUGGCUCCUGGAGUGGCAGCCAGCCCAUGUGCAUCAGAGCCUGUCGGGAACCCAAAGUGUCCGAACUGGUGAGACAGAGGGUCUUGCCUCCGCAGGUCCCAUCCAGAAAGACUCCAGUCCACAAGCUGUACUCCUUCACGACCUCAGCAAAGUUGACUGGCUUUGCUAGCCCCACCAAGGGUCCCCUGGCCCUGCCGCAGCUGCCCCCAGGGUUCCACCACCUGUACACACACAUCGAGUAUGAGUGUGCAUCUCUCUUCUACCACCACUCCGGCAGCUCUCGCCGCACCUGCCUGAAGACUGGCAAGUGGAGCGGGCGGCAUGUCUCCUGUUCACCAGUUUGUGGCACACUCCCUACCUUUGACCCCCAGAAGUUGGCAGAGACCCGCUGGCCCUGGCACGCUGCCAUCUACCGUCGCCCCAACACUGGCACUGGUGCCACACUGGACAAGAUGGAGACCCUGGCAGGGGGGCUGGGGAAGACAAAGGCAGAAGCGCAGGCAGAGGCAGAAGGGGAGCAGGAAGGAGAGGUGGCAUGGCAGCUGGUCUGCAGCGGGGCACUGGUGAACCAGCGCAGCGUGGUGGUUGCGGCACACUGUGUGACAGAGCUGGGGAAACUACUCCCGGUUGGCUCAACUGACAUAAAAGUCGUGAUGGGAAAGCACUACCGCAGUGACCUCAGGGAGACCAAAGACCUGCAGCACCUGCGAGUGUCUGCUGUUGUGGUUCACCCCAACUAUGACCCCCUGCUGCUGGACUCGGACCUGGCUGUGCUGAAGCUGCUGGACAAGGCGCGGAUCGGGGAGCGUGUGCUGCCCGUGUGUCUCCCAAGCACCCAGGGGGGUGAGGUAACCACCCAGCAGGGCUACGUUGUGGGCUGGUCCAUCCUGCCACAGCCUAAGGGCAUUGAGGGCAAGGAAGAGGAGAUGGCACGUGCGGGCCUCAUCGAGCUUGGUGACACUGUGCAGUGCGAGCGGCAGUACGCCCAGAAGGGGGUGCCCAUGAGCAUCACGGACAACAUGCUCUGUGGGCGGCAGCAUCCCUAUGGCAUCUCCAACAUCUGCCCUGCCGACACUGGGGGCGUCGUUGUCGUGCCCCCCGCUGCUGCCCCUUCAUCCGUCCCCUCCUCUGCCUCCUCCUCCUUUCUCGCAGCUCCUGAGGGCAGGGAGGAGGGUGUGCGUGUCUGGAGGCUGCUAGGCGUGGUGAGUCAUGGGUAUGAACAGCAGGGGUGCAGUCCAGACCUAUACACUGUCUAUACCCGUGCUGCCAACUUCAAAGACUGGAUAGAGGCCAACAUGAAGUAGGACUCUGCCACUGCGCAAUUCGGCUCCCAGCUCAGCUGACUUCCUCCCUCUCUGCUCUCCCUCUCUCCCUUUCUCUCUCUUUGUCACCUUACACUCAAGUGUGCUGGGAGUCUCUUAAAUUAAGGACAGAACUAACACUGGACUGUGAAGCUGCCCGAGUCGUGAACAGGGAACAGCAGGUAAAAGGGGCAUGCCCCACAUCCUGAAGAGCUUGGGAGUGGAGGAAACAUUCUGUUCUGAUUGGGUGCUACAGACUCAUUACUGACUGGAGAGCCAGAUCUCUCAAAUCUCUGGAAAUGUAGGUUUGUUGUACGCUUUACCAUGUACAUAUAUUGAAAUGUACUAUUCAGGAGGUAAAACAAGUCUAAAUACAACCAAUGGGCUGUACAUAUUGUAUAAAAUGAUAUGGAAAAAAAUCAUUUUAUUUGAAUUAAAUCUAUCUGGUUGUGUGAGAAGGGGAUGGGAGUUGGUCCUGUGAUGUAUUGUUUAAUACAAGGGUGCACAUGCAGUGAAACAAACAGUACCAUAUGAUCCGUGACACCCAGCUUUGAUACAAAUGGCAAUGACCUGGUGACUGAAAGGUAAUUAAGCCAUUG